CAAAAAAAAUGUGAGGUCUGUUGAUAAUUGAUGAUCUGGUUGAGCAAGCUCCGCCCAUGUCUUCUUUCACGUCCUCAGAUUGGGGAUAAAUAUCUGUGAACCACUGACAUUACAAUACUUGUGUCUUAUCCAUUCAGCAAACAUGAGCGGCAGAGGAAAGGGAGGAAAAGGACUCGGUAAAGGAGGCGCCAAGCGUCACCGUAAAGUCCUCCGUGAUAACAUCCAGGGAAUCACCAAGCCCGCCAUUCGCCGUCUGGCUCGCCGUGGUGGAGUGAAGCGCAUCUCCGGUCUGAUCUACGAGGAGACCCGCGGUGUUCUGAAGGUCUUCUUGGAGAACGUGAUCCGUGAUGCCGUCACCUACACCGAGCACGCCAAGAGGAAGACUGUGACCGCCAUGGAUGUGGUCUAUGCCCUGAAGAGACAGGGACGCACCCUGUACGGCUUCGGAGGAUAAACAUUCACUUACGUUACCAAACAAAAGGUCCUUUUAAGGGCCACAAACAAACUCUAAAGUGCUGAUUUCUUGUAUGCUGAUCAUUAUUUAGAUGCACAAUGACAAAGUAUGUGUAUAUAUUUACACCAUGUGUUGACGAACCCGUAAUGAAUAUGAUGAAAUCUCAUCUGAUUCUGUACACCAUGGCUUUUCCUGGCUAAAAGUAGGAAAAGUAGUGGGAAAAGGAAGUUAAGACUGGCUGAAAUUCUUUUUGAAUUCGUCGAGUUACAUUUGAAGAAAAUCUAUUGACAAAAUGAAACUGAACAUGGCUGUAAUGGGACAUCUAGUGUUAAACAUUUUGGAGUCCGUUUUAUUACAUUUGCCCUGUAUUAUUUGUGUGUACAUACAUUUUCUAUUAAAGUUUCGGUGACGUCA